AUGCUGCCUGAAGAAAUGGUUUUGAAGUUGCAGCAUGAGAAAGCGGAACUAGAACAGCAUCUCGAACAGGAGCAGGAAUUCCAGGUCAACAAACUGAUGAAGAAAAUUAAAAAACUGGAGAAUGAUACCAUUUCUAAGCAGCUUACAUUAGAACAGUUGAGACGAGAGAAGAUCGACCUUGAAAAUACUUUGGAACAAGAACAGGAAGCGCUAGUUAAUCGUCUCUGGAAAAGGAUGGACAAACUUGAAGCUGAAAAGCGAAUCCUGCAGGAGAAAUUAGACCAGCCAGUCUCUGCUCCCCCGUCGCCUAGAGACAUCUCCAUGGAGAUAGACUCUCCAGAAAACAUGAUGCGCCACAUCAGGUUUUUAAAGAACGAAGUGGAGAGGCUGAAGAAGCAGCUGAGAGCCGCUCAGUUACAGCAUUCUGAGAAAAUGGCCCAAUAUCUGGAGGAGGAGCGCCACAUGCGGGAGGAGAACCUGCGACUGCAGAGGAAGCUGCAGAGAGAGAUGGAGAGAAGAGAGGCCCUGUGUCGACAGCUGUCCGAGAGCGAGUCCAGCCUGGAGAUGGAUGACGAAAGGUAUUUUAACGAGAUGUCUGCACAAGGAUUAAGACCUCGCACUGUGUCCAGCCCGAUCCCUUACACACCUUCUCCAAGUUCAAGCAGGCCUAUAUCGCCCGGUGAGUACACAUUCUCAGCUACUUCUGUGAAUGAUUUCUGGUACAUUUAAUAGGCAUCCCCAAAU